AUGAAAACUUUUCUCCUUCUCCUCUGUGUCCUCCUUCAAACACUAUGCUAAGAUUAUUAUUAAUUACUUGGAGUACAGCGUGGUGCAUCAGAUGAUUAAAUCAAAAAGGCAUUCAAAAAACUAUCACUAAAAUAUCAUCCUGAUAAGGCCAAAGGAAAUAAAGAGGAAGUAUAUCUAAUCUUGUUAUAUUAGUCUGAAAAAUAAUUCUAAAAGAUUGUCAAUGCAUAUGAAAUACUUAAAGACCCAGAAUAGAGAAAAAUAUAUGACAAAUAUGGAGAAGAAGGAUUAAAAGAGCAUACUUAAAGAUAAUAAUAAUGUAUUUAUUGAUAAAUAAAGAGAAAGAAUAGGGACAUUUUAAUUAUAAUGAUGUUUUCUCUAGAUUUUUUGGAGGAGGAUUCUAAUAAUAAAAACCAAACCUUGAAUAAUCAUUAUUUUCAAAAAGUGAUGUUUAUGAAAUUGAUAUGACAACUAUAAAUAGAUUUUUUAGAAGAGAUCAUGUUUGGAUGAUUUAUUUCUAUAAAAAUGAUGAUUAUGGAAGGUAACAUAAAAAUACUUGGAAUGAAUUAUCAUCAAAAUAUUAUGGUAUUUUCUAAGUAGCUGCUCUAAAUUGUGCUGCUGAAAAUGAAAUUUGUGAUGAUGAAUUCUAAGUCUAUGAAUUUCCUAAAGUAUAUGCUUAUCCUGCAAAUAUAAGAUAAGAACCAGUUGAAUAUAAAUUAAAAAUGGAAAUAGAUCAACUAGCAAAAUUUGCUAUCUAGUUUAUGGAAAGUUUUGUAAGCAUAGUUACUAAUGAUAAUUAUGAAAAAUUUAUUCAACAAGAUGAAUAACAUAUAGUCUUAUUAUUCACUAAUAAGACUUCAACACCUCCUCUACUUAAAGUAUUAUCUAAAGAAUUAAAAGGAAAACUAGUUUUUGGACAAGUAAGAAAUUCAGAUAAAAAAUUGGUUGAGUAAUUUUAAAUUAAGAAUUUUCCAACUCUUAUGGUAGUAACUGAACCAGAAUAAUAUAGAGGAGUCAUAUAUGAAUAAAAUGAUUUUAAAAAAGAAUAAAUUAUGAAAUUCUUAAGAGAAUAUGCAUAUAUAAGCAAAAAAGUUAAAAAAACUCAUUAAGGUCCUAGAGAAUUGUCAAAUUUAUUAAUAAAAAAUGGGGCUUGUACAACAAAAGACACUAAAAUGUGUUUCAUUAUUAUAACUGAUGAUAAAGAUUAUUUAGAUAUAUUAACACCAUUGUCUUAUCAUUAUAUGAAAGACAAAAUCGAUUUUUAUUAUAUUAAUAAAAAGUAAAUAUUUAAUCAUAUAUUUUUAGUAAUUUAAUUUAUUCAGAAGUUUUUGAUGAUGUUAGUAAUUUCCCAACAGCUGUAAUGAUCAAACCUAAAAAGGAAAGAUAUGCUAAACUUUAAGGGGAAUUGACACUUUCAAAUAUUUAAGAUUUUCUUGAUUCGAUAAUUAGUGGAAAUGUAUAAUUCAAAUCAAUGAAAGAUAGUCUUGAUCUUAAUAUUUUUAAAGAAGAUUUGUGA